AUGGAGAAUAGACAUAACAAACCAAAUCCAUCCUCUGUAAUUUGUUUGAAUAAAUCAAAAUAUUUUUAUACUAAUUUCAGCAUGACUACAGAUGAGUCCAAAGAUGCUUAUAAUGAUUUCUAUAACAGGUCUUUGAUUAAUCAAAAUAAUUGUUAUAGUAAUAAAUAUGGUAGAUGUGAAAAUUAUAUGAAAUCAAUGAUCAAGUCAAAUAAUGAAUUCCCUAACAAACAAAGACAAGAAGGAUAUAAUAACAAAUUGAACAAUUCAUUUAAAUCAUUCCGUUUAGAUUCACAUCAUGAUAAAUAUGAACUUUAUUCAUCGGACAAAAAUAUUUAUAACUAUGAUAAAAAUGAAUAUUCAAAGAAUAUCUAUCGUAGUAAUAGUUGUAAACAUAAUCAUACUAGUGAUAAUUAUGGACCAUUUACACCAGAAUUAAACAGAGAAAUAUCAGCAAGAAAAUCAUCUAAAAUAAAUCAUCUUGUAAAUUUAUUGUAUAAAAAUUCAGAAGAACGAAAUAAGCCACAUAUUAUAACUAAUAAUAAUAAUACUGGUAAUAACAACAGGCCCAUAAAUUCAUUAGAACAAAGUGGUUUACAAGAGGGUAAUCAAAUAAAAAUUCAAAAUCAAUCAUUUUCCGGGAAAUUACCUAGAACAAUUAAUUAUUCAUUUAAUUUACAUAAAAAUAAUAAACAAGUCGAAAAUAACAUAUUGAAUAAUAAUAGUAAUAUUAUUCAAAAAGAAAAUAAAAGUGAAGAGAGUUAUCCACAAAUGUCAAUUAGAGAAAGGAUUGCUUGUAUUCGACAGAAUAGUUCAAAUUGGAGAGAGCGUGUUGAAAAAGAAGAACCCAAUUUAGAUAGAUCAUGUGAUAUCAAUAAAAUUCGAUUAUCAUUAGUUGAGAAACAAGAAUCUUGGAAACAACGUGUUGAUUAUAAAAAUGAUUAUGAUUUUCCAAUAUUUGAACGAAAUAAAAAAACAAAUGACUAUACUAGUCUAGAACCUCUUCCAUCGAAAUGUCUUCAUUCACAAGAUCUAACAAUAAACACAUCGAAAUGUCUACCAGUUGAACCAAUAAUACGCAAUACUAGUAAAGAAAAUCGUCCAGAACUCAAACAUCAAGAAUCAUUUACGACAGGCGAUCCCAUCAAUAAGCCUACAACCAUAACGAAGCCAAGCCCACAUAUUAGACAGGCAUUUCAUAUAUCCAAAAAUGUUAGCGUACCUACCAUGGAAGAUAAAGAAUUAACAGAUUUCUUCACCAGUAAAACGACUAUAGAAACAACUAAUGCAGUUGGAUCAGUUAAACUUCCGACUUUGCCUUCGCAACCAAAUAAAGAUUUGAACAACGUGUAUGAAAGGAUAGCUGAUGCACGACGUGCUGCUAGACCAGAAAAACGUAAACCUCCACGGGAUUUAAAAAAUCCUUUAAAAGCAUUAGAACAGAGAGAAAACAUAAAAUCAAACUAUGAAGAAAUUCGUACACCUAUGGAAGCUAUUUCAACAGAUCAAGAAUCUGGUAAAUAUAUCACACCGUUUAAAACAUUAUUACGUACAGUGGAUCCAUCUGUUAGAACUGACCUAGAUUUUGCUGCAAAAAACUCAAUUCUAGCUGAUUCAGCUAGAGCUGGUCUCGCAUGCUCUGAGGACAUAAAUGAGGCUAAAGGUAAUCUACGUUCAGUUCAAGAAGGACAAUCUCUUCGUAACUCUUCAACCCAAAGACAACUUUUACCUUACAAACCAAUAAUGUUGUUGCAUAUCAAAGGUCGACGUCAUGUUCAAGUUCGUUUAGUUGCUCCUUCAGCCAAAUCUAUGAAUUCCGGUGACUGUUUUAUUCUUAUCACAACUGAUUCAGUAUUCGCUUGGUUUGGUGAAUCUGCCAAUAUUGUUGAAGUGAAUAAAACUCGAGAGUUAGCAUCAUGGAUUCACAAAAAGCAUGAAUUGUCAUAUACUGGGAAUUUAGGUGAAGCAGCGCAAAAUUUCGGUGAUGGUUAUAUUGCAAUACAUGAAAAUACUGAUUCUUACAAUGUUGCUGGCUGUUUGGAUAAUGAAAAUCAAAAUAAUACAACCGGUAGUUCUAAUCAGCACUAUUCUUCAGUUUUAAAGUUUUGGAAAGCUCUAGGUUAUAAUUCACCACAAAUGGUUCAUCACGCUGGACCACCUGAAGAAGAUGAACGCUAUGAACUAAUGAUUCAGCAUACUAAUCGUGUGUAUCGUGUUACUUUAGAUGGCUUAAUACCAUGUGAAGAGUGUUGGGGUAACCCAGUGAAAUAUCAUAUCUUACAAUCAGAUCAGGCAUUCGUUUUUGACUUUGGAUCUGAAAUGUAUUUAUGGACCGGUAAACAAAUUACCUCUGAACUUCGUCAAGCUGGUAUUGAAUUAGUUCAUAAGGCAUACAACAUGAAUUAUGAUUUUGGUCAGUGUAAAUUAAACCCACUGGAUCCUUUAAACUCCCACACUAGUGAUAUAUUAGCUUCUGGAUGCAAACGACCAGAAUGGACAUUAUUAGGCAAAGUAACGGAUAGAGGUGAAACAGUCUUAUUCAAAGAGAAAUUCUUUGAUUGGCCUGAUACUUCAAGAAUUCAAAUAAAAUCAUUGAAACCUGGAAAAUCAGUCUCCACGGAGAGUUCUCCUGCUAUAGCUUCAUUGACUAUGGAACCAUAUUCAGCUAAUGAACUCUAUGAAACUGCAAUUAAUAAUCCGCCACCUCCUCCAAAUCUAUUAACACUUGAAGGACGUUACGUUGGUCGUGGUGGUAAAGUAUGUCGUUAUGAAGAUGGUAUAAUAAGACAGUUUUGGGUAGAAACAAAUGAACUUCGUGUAUGGCAUAUUUCCGAAUUUGCUAGAUACGAACUACCUUUAACAAGUCAUGGACAAUUUCAUAGAGAAGAUACUUAUGUCAUCAGAUGGUCAUAUAAAAUUGCUUAUACCAGUUUACAAAAUAGCAAUAAACGUCCAACUGAAAAUGUUCGUGAACAUUGUGCUUAUUUCUAUUGGCAAGGAUCACGAAGUAAAAUAACAGAAAAAGGGGCAGCUGCGUUAAUGACGAUUGAAUUAGAUGAAGAAAGAGGUCCACAGAUAAGAGUAAUCGAAGGAAGAGAACCACCAGUAUUUUGUUAUCUAUUUAACGGUCGAAUGAUUACGCAUGAAGGAAAAAGAACUGCACAAAAAGAAUUCACUACACGUAUGUUCAUUGUCCGUGGUGAAGUUAUGGAAGAAGGUCAUCUCAUUGAAGUUCCAGUCCAGUUAAAUUCAUUACGUCCACAAGGUGUCUUAUUAUUAGUGCAAUAUACCAAAUAUCCAAUGACAGAUUCUGCUGAAAUUAUUAAAGCAUUUUGUUGGAUUGGUCAAUUAGUACCACCGAGUUAUUUAACAACAGCAAAAUAUGUUCUCAACCAAUUAAAGAAAUGUUGUCCACCAGAACUUGGCAAACAAUUAAAUCUGAUUUAUGAAAUUCAUCAACAUGAUAGAAAUGAAUUAUCGAAAGAAUUUUUAAAUAUACUCAAUUCUGAAGAUCAAUUAUCGAGUCCAUUGUGCUUAGAUUCAAUAAAAUCUCACAGUCGAAUGGCUAUCUGGCAAUUUACACACCAUAAAGGUCGCAAACUAGGUGUGGAACGAUUAAAUUAUACUCUUCAGCCAGAUCCGGCAAGUUUACCAUUUGAUGAGACAUUGAUCAAAACUAAUACUAACAGUGUAUCGCCACCAUCACAAUCUACUGAAGGAGUUACUGAACGAUUUUUAGCAUCACAAAACUUGAUAAAUGCCCACUUAUCGCAAUCGCCUAUAGAGCCAGCUUUUCCAUUCCUACUUGGAGAUUUAUACUCUGUACCACAACCAUCCUUGUUUCUCAUCAUAACUCAAAUACCGUCUGUUUAUAUUUGGGAAGGAUGGUGGCCUAUAUCUACAUUAACAAGAUCUCGAUUUAUGUCACAAAAGUUAUCGAGAUCUUUUUCAACUCAUAGCAAAUCUCCUUCUAUUCUAGGAGAUCAAACAGAUGACUAUAGAUGGAGUACAUCAUUAGAUGAAUGUUUUGAAUUUAGUCCACAGAAUUCAGCCGAUGGAUCUUUUGAUUUUGAAGAAAAUGAACGACCAGCUUUGACUGGAACAGGUCGUGCUCGAUUUUGUGCUGUACGCAAAGCUGCAAUGCAUACCGCUAAAGCUCUAGCAGAUAAAUUAGGUGCAAAAGCUUAUUUAAUCUAUGCUGGCUUAGAACCACCGGAAUUUUUAGUUUUAUUCCCUCCUUAUGUUAGAUCGACAGAUGCAAUAGCUUAUCAUCAAUUCGAGGAUGGUAAAACUGAUGGUCAAAAAGAUUUAAUUGACAAUUUACUAUCAUCAUAUACUUUGGCUUCAUAUACCUUGAGUGAUCUUCAACAACGUCCUCUCCCGCCUGAACUGGAUGCAACCUGUUUAGAAACGUAUUUAGAUGAUAAAACCUUCGAAGAAAUAUUUUCAAUGUCUAGAGAUGAUUUCAAUAAAUUACCAAUAUGGAAACAAGCAGAAAUGAAAAAGUAUUCAGGUUUAUUCUAA